AAAGGCUUUUUCGGGGCGGGGCGAGUGGGGGGAGCUCUUAGCCAAGAGGGCCUGAACCAACCAAGGUGAGAGGUAAAGCGCGGAGCGGUGUGGGAUCGCAACUCUCGUGGAGAGAGGACGUUGGAGUUCAGUUAAGUUCCUUAUGUCCUCCCCUGAAAUUGCUUCCCUAUCAUGGGGGCAAAUGAAAGUACAAGGCUCUACUAAAACCUAUAAGGACUGCAAAGUGUGGCCAGGGGGAAGUCGGGCUUGGGACUGGAGAGAAACAGGAACUGAGCAUUCUCCUGGUGUGCAGCCUGCAGAUGUGGAGGAAGUUGUUAAGAAGGGUGUGCAGACUCUUGUGAUUGGCCGAGGGAUGAGUGAGGCCUUGAAGGUGCCUCCGUCAACUGUGGAGUACCUCGAGAAACAAGGCAUUGAUGUGCGGGUCCUCCAGACAGAGCAGGCAGUGAAGGAGUAUAAUGCCUUGGCUGCCCGAGGAAUCAGGGUGGGAGGGGUCUUCCAUUCCACGUGCUGAUGGAGCCUUAAGGAGAAUAAAUCACUAAGCCACAAUG